AACAUUUUCUUUGGGAAAUGCUAACUCAUGGACUACGUUGUUCGAACUUGAUUGUCUGAGCCAAUGGCUACUGCAACUCAUUGUCUAAUUUUUUAUUCUUGUUUUCAUGUGUUUGAAUUAUCAGGGUGCUAUUCCUUGUCGUAAAAUUGAAACUGGUCAUGUUUCCGGCCAAUAUGUUUUCCAUCGUAGAGAUGUCCUCAAAUGCAUUGGGGCAACAGUUGGCAUGGAAUUACUAGCAAGCUCAGGAUCAUGGGUUGAAAUGGCAAGUGCCGCUGAUUUAAUACAACGACGACAGCGCUCUGAGUUUCUCUCAAGUAUUAAGGAAACCCUGUCUAAAGCUAUAAAGGGAAAUCCAGAUCUUAUUCCCUCUAUAUUAACUUUGGCACUGAAUGAUGCUAUGACGUAUGACAAGGCUACAAAAUCUGGUGGCCCAAAUGGAUCCAUACGCUUCAGCUCAGAGUUAAGCAGGCCUGAAAAUAAGGGACUUUCUGCUGCUGUGAGUUUAUUAGAUGAAGCCAAGAAAGAAAUUGAUUCAUAUUCCAAGGGUGGACCAAUUUCAUAUGCAGAUCUCAUCCAAUAUGCAGCUCAAGGUGCCGUCAAGUCUACUUUUCUAGCAGCGGCUAUUCGAAAAUGUGGUGGGAAUGAAGAGAAAGGAAGUAUAUUAUACGCAGCAUACGGUUCAAAUGGGCAGUGGGGCUUGUUCGAUAGGCAGUUUGGACGAAGUGAUACUGAAGAGCCAGAUCCAGAGGGAAGAGUGCCCCUGUGGGAGAAAGCAAGCGUGCAGGAAAUGAAAGAUAAGUUCAAAGCAAUUGGCUUUGGCCCCCGUCAGCUAGCCGUGAUGUCUGCAUUCCUGGGUCCUGAUCAGAAUGCAACAGAGGCCCUACUGAUCAGUGAUCCCGAUGUUUCUCCAUGGGUUCAGAAAUACCAACGUAGCCGAGAAACAGUGUCUCAGACAGAUUAUGAGGUUGAUCUGAUAACUACGCUCACAAAGUUAAGCUGCCUUGGCCAGCAAAUCAAUUAUGAGGCAUACACGUAUCCAGUCAAAAAGAUUGAAUUGAGCAAGCUCAAAUUAUAGGCAGAAGCAAAUCACUGUUAUCUAGAGAAGUACACGAACCUGCCUGGUUAUCACUCCGGCAACAAAUUUUCUAAGUUGAAAAUAUUCUUAUCAGCCUUUGGGUUAUAAAUUUAUUUGUUCAUCCAUCAGGUAGAUGUUAGAAGGUAAAGAAUGACACUUAAAUUUGAGUAUUUUUAACUCCACAUCAUACGAUAACCUGAUUGCAAACAUGUUUGUUGUAACUUGUCA